GAGUCAUAAGCUCAGUAUCCUUACAGACGUAUACAGGAGUAAGUUAUACAGCUCGUCAGUGUUGCGUCAGAACUGGUGGCGGUUCAUCGUUGUCCCAACUUCUGGUAGAUAAACCCACUGUGAUCUGUGACUGACUGACUCCUUCGUGUGUCGAAGUUUUUAAGACUUCGUUGAUUUUAUAAGUUAACUCCAGCCAUCACCAUGGACAAGUUAGCGCUGGUGAUAUCCGUCAUCGUGUCCGCGAUCUUGUCAACGCAGGUCAUCUCAGGUCAGGACUUCCACCUGGGUCAUGGUGACUCCUUGAUGCCAGGCGUCAGAAGGUUCCGCGAACGAUCCGCUAGGCCCACCAGUCCUCCUUUCAUCGACACUCCCAUAUUCUUCCCUGGUUUUGAAGAACCCGGAAGGCGCCGUGAAGGACUUCCUGGAGGAGCGUUGCUUCCCAAUGAACCGGGAACCUCUUCUGGUGGUGCUCUGGAGCUCCGACUGAUUUCGCUGAGAUAAACGUCACCAUUCUCAACCGGAUCAAUUCCGUAACCAACAUCUCUGACUUUGCGUCACUAUUCGACCUUGAGCUUCCCAAGUCCAAGCCAACAUUCGAGUUCGAUUUCGACGUCAGUGGCAGGAUUGGAGACACUAACCCAGAGGAUGGAGAAACUUUUGAGAUGGCUAACUGUAACCCAGAACUGGUGACUGUUCCUCUGGAUCUCCCAACCCAAGCUGACACCAUGUUCUUCCCAACCUGCAUCAGACUCGAGCAGUGUGGAGGGUGUUGCUACGGCCCUCUCCUGACCUGCAGGCCAACUGUUACCAAGGUCGUGAAAGUUAAGGUGCUGAAAAUAAGCACAAUCACCAGCUCAAACACCGUCGGAGGAGGGACAAGAGGAGGAGGAGGAGGAGGUGACGGAGGAGGAAGAGGAAGGCGUCUCAGACGCCAAAGCCAGCAGAGCUAUCAUAUGGUGGAGGUCGUGAAACACACUGCUUGCGAAUGCGGUUGCAGAGUGAGAGAGGAAGACUGUAAUUCGGACCUCCACGUUUACUUCGAGGGAGAAUGCGCUUGCAAGUGCAAGAACAAGGACGAGCAGACCAAGUGUGAACAGCAGAACUCGACGAAGUACUGGGACAACCAGUCCUGUAACUGCUACUGUCGCAGAGCAGUUGACUGUGGGACUGGGGAGAUUUUCUCACAGACAACGUGCAGCUGUGAACGCCUCGGAGCCAGACAUGGACUUGUCCGUGGAGAAGAAGUCACAGUUGCCGUUAGACGACGCCAGAAACCAGUACGUGUGCCCCUUGUGUGACUGUGAGUGCCAACCUGGGAGAAGGCACUGGUCGAAUCCUCUUUUAAUGUUACUCUUUGUUAUAUAUGUAUAAUAUAUAUUUCGUUAUACAUUAUAAAAUGAAGAUUUUUGUUAUAUUAUCUGGAUUGGACGAAUCCAGUCAGCCCUGAUGAAUUCGUCUCAUGAAAAUGUAGACGAGACCAGAAAAAAAUGUAAAGCAGCAGUUGUUUUGUUCGAGGAAUAUUUAAUAUAGAUACUAUUUGACUGACAGCUUUUUUUUAUAAAGAACAUUUAAGACAUAUUUGACAGCUUUUUUUUUAUCAAGAACAUUAAGUGUGAGUAGAUUACUUAGAGCAGUGUAGGUUAUGUAAUUAAGAAAAAGUAUUCUGGAACUGAAAGCCCUUACUUCUAUAUUUUGUAAUGGUAAGACACUUUCCAGUUAAACUGUAAAGGAAAUUAAAUGUAUACGUGAAUAAUGGACUGGUAAAUGUUUAUAGUGAGGAAAUUAAAAAAUCCAUUUUACAACAAA